AUGGCCAUUCAAACAAUACUGGUGAUUAACAAAUCAGGUGGACUCGUGUAUCAGCGCGAUUUUUCAGCUUCAGCACCGAGACUUUCGAGUAAUGAGUAUUUAGUCUUGGCCGGUACACUUCAGGGCGUUGUGGCAAUUGCCAGCCAGAUUACGCCCAAAUCAUUGCAAAUUACCCGCAAGACAGGGUCAAAGUCAGGCUCGGAUGCUAACCACUCGAGCCAACUGGUUCCCUACGUGGGUGCGUUGGGUUCAUCCGCAGUCCCAGCUCAGGAACUUGGCAGCUUCAUGGGUCCGGACUACUUUAAUGAAGCUUUCACCAGUUGGAACACCACAGGACUGAAGCAUGUGACAACUGACCAAAACUCACUCUUCCUUUACCAAACGCUAACCGGGGUCAAAUUCGUUGCUGUGAGCUCACAAAGCGCCACAAGCACAAUGGCCGUGUCAAUAGCAGAAAAUCUAUUGCGCAAGGCGUACUGUCUGUACGUAGACUACGUGAUGAAAAAUCCAUUCUACGAGCCAGAAAUGCCUAUCAAGUGUGAACUUUUCGAUAAGAGAUUGGGAGAGCUUGUCGCACAGCUUUAG